AUGGAAGUCGCGGAAUCUGUGCUGAGAAAAAGAGCCUCAGAAGGCAUCGUCAUUCGCACCAAGACAGAGCUGCAGGAUAAGUGGGGUGCAUCCACGUGGUCGGACACGGCUCUUGAAUGCAUGUACAGGGGCUUAUCCCGGAGCGAACCCGAAGCAGACUCAGCCUAUGAAAAGUCAAGCUGUCAAAGAGGCUGGGGAUCCUCCCAUUCGUAUCCUUUCCUGCCUGCUCCUCGUGACAUAUUCGGUGGAACCCGAAGUAGCGUACGAGGGGAUCCCCAGGUUAAAGAUGACUGGCUGCUGGCAUCUCCAGUCAGGGAUGUGGGUACGGCUCUAGCACGGAGCCGCGAACAAAAGCAACAGCACCCGGAAUCUGAAGAUGACAACGAAGCAGCUCAGCAGCUGAGGAGCCAGCUGCUGCAGCUGCGGGCUGAGGGCCACCGACGUGCUGCCCGUCUGCGGAGGGAGCGCCAGCUGCUGCAGCAGCAGCUAGCGGAGGCACGGCAGCAGCAACAGGUGCUAUUGCUGCGUCAGCAACAGCGCAGCAUCUGCACAAGUGUCGGCGCCAGCCAGGGCUCUUGUGACCCGUGGGGCCCUCCCACAUUAUCAGUGCCUCCUACAGCCCCAGCGGGUGUCCGCAGAGGUCCUCGGGGUAGCCCCUUGCCUCCCUUUUCUCCCCGGAUGGUGCUGCUACACGUUUACGACCUUACGCCAGCCAUAUCAAAUUACGUAAAUCGAAUUAUGAGGCCCUUGGGUGCUGGAGCCUUCCAUGCAGGGGUGGAAGUCUACGGACAGGAAUACUCUUUUGGGCAGACGGCAGCGACUGCUGGUUCUCUGAGGCACUACGGGAGCGAAAGGGCAUCACUGGAGCCAUGGACACUAUGGACAGCUGCAGCAACGUUACGGGGAGCAGCUGCUGUGCUUGUUAUCCUGCAUACAGAUGAAACGACUGGCGUAAGCGUCUGCCAGCCCAUGCAACACCCGGCCCAUGUCUAUAGAGAGACCGUACCCAUGGGGCCGGCCGAUUUGGACAUGGAAGAGUUUCUCUCGCUUGUAGAAGUUCUGAAGGUCGAAUGGCCCGGCAACUCAUAUGACGUUCUCAGCAGGAACUGCGUGAACUUUGCGGAUCACUUGUGUGUUUUGCUGGGGGUUGGCCACGUGCCGCCAUGGCUUUUUAGGCUACAGCGACAGGCCAAUUCGAUUAAGGGGGGAGCACGAGCUGCUGCUGCUGCUGCCGCCGCUGCUGCUCGUCAGCUGCAACGCCUGAACACUCAAGCGCGGAUCUCGGCCACCGCCAUGGCAGCAGCAGAAGCUGCAGCCACAGCAGCAGCGGUGGCAGCAGGGGCAGCUGUCUCCUUUGGAAGGUUUAUCAAGCACGCUCACCAGGAGGUUCGGCUCUCCGAGGAAAUGGGCCGCUUGCUAGUAGAGGGCAUGAGCUUCCUAAGUGAACGCUUCUCAGAGGGAGUUUCUUGCAUCCCUUCAGAAUGGAAUGAAGAGGAAAUUACAGCUUUAGAGCCUUUGCACUUGUUCGACAGGGCGCCAACGCCGCCUGAGGGGCUUAUAGCGGAAUCACGCGGUGCAACUUCAGAAGGUUCCGCGGAGAAGCUCUCAGAAAGCCCCGUAGAGAAGCCCUUGGAGAAACAGGGGGUGGAACGUCUAGAGGAGCUCAGAGCAAACACCUUAGUGGACCCCGGAGAGGGAACUCCGAGAGCGCUGCGAGGCGCUACUGAAGAAUCUCUCCAAGGCGCCGCAAUUCUCAAGAGCUGGCCACAAGGAUCACUUUCAUCUCCUAGUCAGGAUAAAGAGCAGCAACGUAAAUCACCGUCUGACUGGCCCUAUACUGCUGACGCCAUUUUGCCUUAA